UUCAACAUGAAUUAUGACGACUUUAAAAAACCAUAUAAGCAACGGUUUAAGGGUGUCGAAAACUUUUUGCGCAGAAUCGCUUUUAACUUAGGCAAUACUGCGUCACAGACUGAGGUGAAAAUUAUAUCAUGUAUUCCUAUAGAUGUAACUGACCUGCAACAAAAGAUUAUAAGUCUAGAAAAGCAAUUACAAGCAGCGAAUGGGCAAACUCCUAAUGCUGCUGUUCCUCCUGUUCCAACUGAAAAUGCGCCUGACAAACCCAAUGCACCUGAAAAUGUACCCAAUAAAGAAAAACCUUCAACUGUUGUAAAUUUAGCUCCGUUUGAAUCGGGUUUCGCUAAGAAAUCAAGUACAGUAUCCUAUUGCAGCAGUAGACCAACCGAUAAAGUUAGGUCAUCACAGGUUGGGUCGUACUGUGAAGAAUGUUCGUCCAGAAAUAGGAAGUCAAAUGUCUCCUUCGUUUUUCCAGCCCUAACUACAUCUGAUACUAAAAACCAAUGUAAGUUUGGUAUUCGUGAAAAUUGUAAUAACGACAGUGCUGCUGCUAUUGAUUGUUAUAGAAAUAUCUUCAGAAAACGAAAAAGAAAAAAAAAUUACAAGGGUAACAAUAAAAUUAAAACACAUUUAGUAUACUACGCACAACAUACCGCUGAGAACCCUUUUAAAAUAAUUGACAAUUCUUUAAAAUACAAUGAUUCUGUGAGUAGCAACGACGAACUAUGUAAAUCUUAUUUAAAUAAGAUUAUGCGAAGACAAUAUGACCCUAAUGAGGUAAAAGAGUUCUCUGAUACGAGUCAUUUUUCAAGACCUAUAUGUAGAGAUGUUGAUAAUAGUCAUACAAAUAUAAGUAAAUAUGAAUCUGGAUCUGAUAUAUGCUCCUGUUGUCACGACAAAUUUCGGAACAUCGACUAUUACAUGACAAAAGGCGAUUAUGACUCCAUUAUAACAAAAAUACAUAAUUCUGUCGAUAACACCAACGCCUUUUAUGAUUCCAACCAUUAUGACGUUAUUCCUGUAAAAGAAAAUAGUAAUAAAACGUUAAAAAAUAACAAUGAACAAAAAAUAGAAAAUGAAAUGAAUGUGGAAAUUAAGUGCUGGGCUGGACAUUUACGAACCAAACAUAAACGCCAUUCUUAUUUCUAUAAUUAUCAGGGUGAAAUACCAAUUAAACGACGUCCUAACAAAAUAUUACAAGAUAUGUUGUUAAUAAAAACAAAUCAAUCGAGUAAGUCAAUUAAAAAGAAAGAGAAAACCAAAGUUUUGAAUAACCAAAUAGGAUGUGUAACAUCUAAAAGUUUCUGUAUUUAUUGUAGUGAUGUAUAUCCAAAACACUCCCGACAGGCGAAACCACGAAAAUUCGAAAAUCUUAAAACAAUAUUGCAAAAACACGAAUCUGUUGCCACAGACGAAGAAGUUCACAAAUUACAAGUUAACAAUCAAAGCACACAAUUAGAUAUAAACAAAGUUGAUGAUUAUAGAGAGCUAACAUUAAAGCAGAUAAAAUCUAUAUUGCAAUCUGUUUUAGAAGAAGUAAAAAUUGAUACCAAGAUUAAUACUCCAAAUGAAGUGAUAAAAAAAGAUGUCGUCGUUCAAAAAGGUGCAUCCCAUAACAGUAUGGCUGGUGAUUCAACCUUUCUUCGCAGUUACAAUUACAAUAACUCUUACAACACAAACCCACAUUUGGCUUCGUGUUCUAAACAAACACCCCUGGGUCAAUAUUGCGUGCCUGGUAUUCCUUGCCAACACCUUAAAUGCUUACAAAACUUUCCUGUGUUUAUACAAUCUACGCCGGGAAGACAUAUGUGCUCUUGCUACUGUGAGAAAAGUUCUUACAAGUCACAUGCUCGACAAGCAAUAACCGCGGCUACUAAUACUAACAAGGAGCCAAUAUCCAGUAGCAGCGAGACUGAAAAACUUAUUAAAGAAAUAUAUAAAUCAAUGGCUAUAAACAUGGACUUUCCUACCAAAGACAGUUCAAAAAGCGAAUGCAAUGAUCUUAAGCCACCUGAUAAUGAAGUUUCCAAUACCAUAGAAGUUAAAAAUGUAGGAGUUUUGAACAAGAGAGAUUUUAAAGUUGAUGCUGAGGUUUCUCCUAUCCAGUCAUAUUUAAACAAAACAAAGAUGGAGUACGAAUCAAUCGGCGCACAAUCAGAUGAUACGAGACAGACAAUUCAUUUAAAUAAUAGUGGGAGAUAUAACAAGAAAGAGAGAUUAGAAUUUCACAGUGUUCACAGUUCAGAUACCAUCGUUGAAGUUGAAAAUGAAAGUGAUGAAUCAAGCGAUGAAAGCGACAGCGACGAGACGUUGAUAUUAGAAGAGGAAUAUAAACAGGAUACAAAAACGAAGAAAGGUUUCUUCAACAGAAUGCUUAAGUCAGUCAACUUAUUUAAAAAGAAAAAAUCAAUGCCGGCAGAAAAGGAAGCAAGUGACUCCGACGAUUAUGAAACUAUCUAUAGCGAAAAAUCUGCUAAAGUAUCGCCGAAAGUUUACAAAAAAGUUAAAACGGUAGUCCCAUAUGAUCGCGCUCGGACUAAGCGAUCCCCGUAUAUGGAACAAGAAUAUAGACGGCACUGGAAUGAAGGGAUAGCGUUCCGCGAACAGCGAGAAAAUAUAUGUUCAUCGGAGCGUCCUAAUUUGACAAAUUCAAACCCAAUUCGUACGAGACCGUUAUAUUGGACGGACAUCGAAGCGAGGAGUGCAUUCGUUGAUCACAACAUGCCAUAUCAAUGUCGAAUUAACGAUGCGACAAGUCAUGUGGAGGAAGGAAUGUCUCCACAAAAUGUAGUCCAGAAAGGUGGAAACAAGGAAAGACUUGGAUGGCUCAAGAAACACAAACUCGGUAUCAACUGCGGCGAACAAUGGAAGAAGUUCAUCCUUGAAAGUUAAUUGCUCUAAAGUUCUAAACUGUCGUGUCGAAUGAUAACUAUUUGUUAAAUUGCGUGUUUAUUAUGUUUUUUUAAAUAAAAGUCUUUAAUUAUU